UGCGUGUGUGUGUGUGUGUGUGUGUGUGUGUGUGUGUGUGUGUGUGUGUGUGUGUGUGCGUGUGUCACGGAAUGCGAAUAGCGUCUGUUGUAUCCAUGGCAACCGGGACUCUCCAACACCGCGCACUCUGAUUGGCUGCAAACGCGUUGAAACUGAGCAUCGUUUCCUGUUAUUUGGUGGCGCAAGGGGCGUUUGCUGCUUACAGAAUAAAGACUAUGUCGCCUGUAUCCCCCGACUGAGGAUAUUUAAUGACGCUUAUUUCGUGUUUAGCGUGGUGUAUUUAGUGUUUGCGGUCGGACAGGUGAGAGACCUUUGACCUUUGUCCGUAAACAGCCACCUGACAAACAAGCUUUACUCAUGGAAACAAAGGGGGGCAGCUGAAAAUGUCCAAUCCAGUUAAAAAGGUGAGACAAGGAGAAAAACUGCCCCUGAAGUCCAGAGGAAUCCAGAGCAGGACAUCUCAUGAUCUCAGGAGGCUUCAGUCCCUGCUUGUCAGAAGCUGCUCCAGACAAGAGGUGACUCACAGUAAAGCACGCAGCAGAUCACAGGGCCCGCAUCCUCCCAAAGACACCAGCAGACACAGGAGUGAGAGCGACACCGCCAGUGAGGCCUCUGAACUGGAAAAAUUCAGCAUCACAUACAGAGACCAAAGAUGUUUCAGCAGCCACCCACUGCACACGCUGUUCUCUGACAUCCUCGUGUCUUUGGUCAAGAACCGACUCUGCAGCGAAUGGGUUGACCACGCACCGCCCGAGUCUGUCCUUAGAGUUCUGAUCUGCCUACGGUUAUUAAUCAGAGACCCCCACCAUCAGAAAAUCCUCCACCAGCUCCAAGGCGUCAAUUUACUUGCCAGGUACAUGGAGUCGGUCACUGCCGUGUACUUAUCUUGCGGUGAACAGGCGUUUGCUGUGCAGAAGCUGGUCACAAUGACCUACAUGUUUCAGAAGCUGUCUGCCGUUGAAAAUCAGAGGGUCUGGGUCACCGAGAGUGGCGCUCACAGGACCCUGGUGAAGCUCCUCUCCACCACAGAUAGCAGUGUGCUGCUGGGAGCCCUGCUGGCACUCACCACUUUGGCUGAGAGCCCAGAGUGCAAGGAGGAGAUCGGUGAGCUACCGAUAGUGGAGAACCUACUUGUAAUACUGCAGGAACAUGAACUGCUGUCAAAGAGGAUGAGUGCGGAGCUGCUGAGGCUCCUGUCCCCGGUGCGGCAGAUAAGGGACCAGGUGAGGGAGCUGGAGGGUCUUCCGGUGCUGCUGAGCCUGCUUUACGGCCAGCACCUGAAGCUGCUCUGGAGUGUCGCCUGGGUCCUGGUCCAGCUCUGCGAGGACCCCGACACCAGGACGGAGAUCCGGAGCUGGGGCGGGGUGCAGCAGCUUCUCCGGCUGCUCAACAGUGACAGACAGUACGUCUCUGACCGCUCGUCCAUCGAGACGCUCUCCAGCGCCAAUGCAGCCGGCCGUAUCCAGAGAGAGCACAUAAGAGAGGAGCUGAGCCCGCAGGAGGAGGUGGACAACACCAUGGCCCUGCAGUCAGCCUGCUGUACAGUUCUGACUGAGCUUAGUUUGGAUGACACAUCUGCUCACCACAUUGUGCAGGAAAAUGGGGUCUAUAUUAUCGCAAAGUUGAUUUUACCACAAAACUCUGGACCAAAGGUCACAUCUUUACCGUGCUAUGUGUUUCGGACCCUCCGGUUUCUCUUUAGCAUGGAAAGAAACAGACAUUUGUUUAAGAGACUCUUUCCCACAGACCUUUUUGAGUUGUUUAUUGAUGUUGGACAUUACGUACGGGACCUCACGGCCUACGAGCGGCUGCAAACCAAAGUUUCACUCUACAGUGAAGAAGAACUGGACAGUCUGAGAGAGAGCAUAGAGGCUGUGGACCAGAACCGACCUCCCGUUAAAGUUAUCAACGGUUACUCCAUACUGGACCAUCUGGGCACCGGGGCCUUUGGGAGCGUCUUUAAGGUCCGAAAGCAGAGUGGUCAGAACCUUCUGGCUCUGAAGGAGGUGAACCUCCAUAACCCGGCAUUUGGCAAAGACAAGAAGUCCAGGGACAGUAACGUGGAGAAAAUCAUUUCUGAGCUCACAAUCAUCAAAGAACAGAUGAUACACCCAAACAUUGUUAAAUAUUACAAGACUUUUUUGGAAGGCGACAAGCUGUACAUCGUGAUGGAGCUGAUCGAGGGAGUGCCACUGGCUGACCAUUUUAACUCUCUGAAGGAGAAGCAGCAGCAGUUCACAGAAGACAGAAUUUGGAAUAUAUUCAUACAGAUGUGUCUGGCAUUGAGGUACCUGCACAAGGAAAAGAGAAUAGUUCACCGCGACCUCACACCAAACAACAUCAUGCUGGGGGAAAAGGACAAAGUCACCAUCACUGACUUCGGCCUUGCUAAGCAGAAACAGGAGAACAGCAAGCUAACAUCAGUGGUCGGCACCAUCCUUUACUCCUGUCCAGAGGUGGUGAAAAGCGAGCCGUAUGGAGAGAAGGCCGACGUCUGGGCUUUGGGCUGCAUCCUCUACCAGAUGGCCGCUUUACAGCCUCCGUUCUACAGCAGUAAUAUGCUGUCGCUGGCUAGCAAGAUUGUCGAAGCCGUCUACGAGCCGAUUGAAGAAGGAGCUUUCUCAGAGAGAGUCACAGACAUGAUCAGAUGGUGUUUGAGUCCAGAUGCAGACCAGCGGCCGGAUAUUGUGGCUGUCAGCUCCAGGGUCUCCGACCUCAUGAUGAGGCUGAUGGACAGCCUCUACACUUCCCAGAAUGCACUGGAACGAAGAGCAGAGAGAGACAGGAAACGAGCGCAGAAGUACUUCCUGGAAAGGCACAAAAGCAGGAUGAACUGCUCUCACUUAAACCUCUCUCAGGAACAAUUCUUAAUGAACACUGAACCUCCGACUCCGCCCUCCUCUGCCGCCUGCAGUUCAAACCUCAGCCAGCAGAGUAUCAGUCAAGAUGACGCCUCAGACGGUGACGUUGAACCUUGCGAUACCAAAAUCGACAACGCUGCUUUCAAAGGAAAACACUACGGUUUAAAGUCCAGUGCCUGUGUUACACCUGACCAAACUCUAUGUGGGGGGGAUAAUGCUGCUGCAAAGAUUAAACCAAGACCAGUGUCAGCAGGGAUCUGUAUCUCCCAGAAGAAGGUUCGGCAGAUUGAUGAUCCCAUCCAGAGGCUCCUUGUGCAGCUGCACAAAAUCAUUUACAUCACUCAACUUCCACCAGCUCCACACCACAGCAUCAAACGACGGGUUAUUGAAAGAUUUAAAAAGUCUCUGUUCCACUACGGGAGCGACCCAUACAACCUGAAGCUGGAGCUCAGCAAGCUCCUCCAGGCUUCUCCAGAGCUGAUGGAGUUAGGCUCAACCAGUUCAGACUGGUUUCCUCUGGUCCACCACUUCACAGGAGACCCCCAUACUGCGGACAGCACGGGUGACGGGAACCUCAAAGAUGGAGUCACCUAUCAGCAGAUGCAGGGGAUCGUAGAGGAGCUGCUGGAGGAGAACGGAUACUAUGAAGCGACACACAGCAGGACCAAAGAGAAAAGAAAUAACCAAGAAAACAAGUGAUCAUCGUCCACAUUCAUCCUCAGAAGGAAUUUAUUCCAGUGUUUGCAUCAACUUCAGUUCACAAAAAUACUGUAUGUACACUUUAAUUAUAAUUAACUUUAAUUAAAAUCCAUCCUUUAUACACUAUUUCUGAUUAUAUAACAUGUGAAAACGCUAUAAACACAAGUUUGUCCUUAAACUAACUAUAGUAGCUCAGUUAUUGUUGUGAUAAAGCUGCUGUAACAAGUUACCAAAGCUAAUGUGUCACCACACUACGGCUGCAGCUAACGAUUAUUGUCAUUAUUGAUUAAUCUGGGGAUUAUUUAGUCAAUUAAUCAAUUUGACCAACAAUCCAAAGAUAUUAAACGUGCUCUCACAAAGCAGCAAAUACUCCUCAUCCUGGAACUGGGUUUAAAUAUAUACGUUAAUUAAAUGAUUAACAAUAGUUGCUGGUUACUUUCCUGUCGAUCGAUGAAUUGAUUAAUUGAUGUACAGCACAAACCUCUUUGGUUCUCAGGCAUUGAUUAUUUGUACACAUUGGAUGUGACUGUGUGAAUUCUCCAAAUAUAAUUUAAUAUAUAAUAAUAUGAAUGUUGAAGCUGAUUUAUCGUUGUUUGUGUCAGGUCUGAAACAUGCAAACAACCUCCAACAUUAUCUGAAGUGGGUUUUUUUCUGUGGUGUUCAGCUCGUUUGAAGCUUUUUAUGUUUAGUUUUUUAAGGUUUGUCUGAGUUUAGUACUUUAAAUUCUCAGGAUCAGACUGUUUUAACUCCUCACUGCAGGACUGCACAUCACAGCAUGUUUCUAAUGGCUGCAAGUCAAUGCUGCAAAGCCAAUUUUACUCAUUUAAUUCACUUUUUAGAGAGCUGAUAAGAAACCUAAACAUCACCUUACAGACAUAUCAUAAUGUGUGACUGCAGUUUACUGACAUACAGCGAAAACUAGGUCAGAUGUUUAGAUUUCUCCCACUUUUUCUGCUGUACUUGAACUAUGUUAACAUGCACUUUCAAUAUAAUUAACACCUGAAAUAUACUUUUUGUAUAAAAUUCAGUGUACAUUGUCACUUUGAAGAGUGGAGAGCAGCUGGAGGGAUGCUAUCUUCUGCACUUUGAUUAAUCAGUAUCAUCUGUAUGAGGAAUAACUAUGUUAAAAUGAUAAAUAAACACUAUUUAAUGCA